UCGGCGCUCGCGCGGGAGAGUUUGCGUGCGAUCGCUGUCGCCGGUAUACACAUUUCGCGUAUACACCACCGUGAUUAAUUAGCGAAUAUUGUUAAUCUAUAUUUCGGUAAUAACGAAACCGAAUAUCAGGAGCCAUACGCGCGCGGGAGGGAGAGAUUGAGCGGAGGAGGGAGCGAACACGAGAGAGACAGGGUAGAGGAUUUCCGGUGUUUUGAGGUGAUCGGGAAAUAUAUCUAUACGUUACAUUCGUGCUCGCGAUAAAACUCGAAAAAACAUAAAAACCGUGUCUAUUGGGGAUUGUGCGAAAAAUAUUUGUGUUGGAAGGCUCGUCGUUCUUCGAAUUUCGCGUGUAAUCGCAGUGUCGAAUUCAAGUGCGUGAUAAACUGAAUUUUAAAAAACACGUCAGAUUCCAAGAAUACUCUUCGUCUUAAUAUGCCGCUGUAGUAGAUUUGUGAAAGGAGUUGAAAAAUUGAUGAUUUCUUUAAAAUGAAGAUCUGAAGGCGAAACUAUUGCAAGUUGGGCGAUAGAGGGGGGGAUUGCCAGUUUCGUGAAACGGUGCCGGUAGUCUGCUGCUGGCUGCUGCAUCGGACAGUCUCGCGAGAACCGGCGAAUUCCCAAAACUAUAAACAUAGCUAUAUACACACACACACACAUGUAUAUCCUGAUGCAUAUAUCGGAGCUAAACCGUUAAGCUUUACGGAGUGAUAUACACAACACAACACACAUUUCGGGAGGCCGGCGUGCGCUGCGUAACAUUCCCCCCCACUCGAGCGCGUCUGACUCUUCGAAAAAGUAAUCGUUGAGAAGGGAAUACGAAAAUAUAAAUAUUUUCGAUGUGUUUGCAGAAUAUUGGGAACGUCAAUCGGUUUGAGUGGUGAAAAUCGAGGUGAAAAUAUAAAUACGAAUUUUUCGAAUUCCACAAACGGCGGCGUAACGAAGAGUUGUUUUGUUUCGUCCUCCAGAGCUCGUAUCGCGAGACGCUAGCGACCUCAAAUUCCGAGAAGUCACUGCAACCCCAAGAGGAUAAAUAAAAUCGAAAGAGGAACGCAACACACGUGACAUUUCCGGGGUAAAUCAAUAUAAUUUCGCUCAAAAUUUACGAUUAUUCUUGGUGAUUCUUUACGGGAUUUUCGUUUGAAUUGUCACUGAAGAAAUUUCAACGUAAACACAUACACACACAUACGAGAAAAGGAAAAAAAUUUUCGUACGAUGAAUAAUACCGCGUUGUGUCGCGGCGUGCUCGGAUUACGAAAACGUCAGUCAAGAGAGACAGAGCGUCGUGCAGUCAGUGGCAUUUCUGGCGUCGUACCGGCGUGCACGUUGUGAUUCUCGUUCCUCGAAUUAACGGGAAAAGAAGAAAAAAAAAACGAAUAAAUCUAAUACUCGGAUUCGAGUAAUGCAACGAAAUUAAACGACGGAAUUUUUUCGAACCUGCAAACUUCCGACGCGCAAUUUCCAGCUGAAAUUUUCCAAUCGUUUGAUCGUGUAAAACCUCGAAAAAAAAGCGAGAGCGAGCGACAAGAUAAAUAAAAGCUAGCGAACAAGUGAAUUUUCGAAUCGUGUUGGUGAAGUGGGCACAAAUAAUAGCCACGUCGAUGAAAUUUUCGUGGUGUACUACGGGAGAGGAUAAAGCAAAAAGAUCGCAAGUGCAAAUUUGAGUGAAAAUAAAUAAUAAAAGUAAAAAUUUCGAUUGUGCUUCGUUCGUGGAUUAGGAAAAUCGAUUUUUUCUAAACGAUUUGUUGUUUGUUGUUUGUUUCUUCGCGUAAAUACGUCUUUAAGUGUUUAAUUAUAAUAAUCAUAUUACAAAGUGAGUGCUGAAUUCGUCGUUGAUUUCAAAGAUAAAUCAAAACGAGUAAAACGCGAGUGUAUAAAAAGCAGGAGAAAACGUAUUUCGACAUACGUUUUUAUUCCAUAUAUUUGUACCAAAUGUGCACGUAUACCUAUAAAUCGUAAACGAUACCCUUUUUUUUGACGUCCGUGUUGUUUUCGUGAUAUCUCGUGCUCAGUUGAUUGUUUUUCUCUCUCUCUCUCUCUGUUUUCCCCUUUUUUUAUUCAUAUUUGUUUUGAUAUAUUUUUUCCUGUCGUAAAACGUGUUGCUAAAAAACAUAACCAUGGAUAUCCUGCCGAGUGGAAACAUAUUUCGGGAAUUGCAGGACAUACACGAUACCGGAUAUUUUUCGGCUCAACCGUCACUCGAGGAUCAUUGGCAACAGACAUGCUACGAAAUGGAGAGGUACCUGAAGGACGAACCGAAGCUGCAAUCGUACAAAAAGUUGCCCACGGAACUGGACACUGCGCCUUGGAAUCUCUUCCGGGCGCCACCGAUAUCCUGGACGGCAACGACCUGCACAACAACCACACAGUAUGAACCUCAAAUCAAAAUGGAGGUCACAUCGUCACCAGAUGACAGAGACCCUCUGUGCCUGGACGACAUGAAAUUCAGUCCGGGUGAGCACAAUCACAACGGACGGGAUAGGGAUUUACUGGAUCGUCAUCUCGAUUCGUUAUCAAUGUCCUCGGCGAGUUCGGCGUGUUCUGCCCUGUCCUGGGACAGUUCGCCAACCCUGUCGUGCAGAGCUCUCAUUUUGAAAAAAGAGCCGAGCGAGGACCUCGAAGAAGACGAGGAGCAUGAGGAGAUCGAGGAAGAAGACGACAGCGGUUGCGAGGGCGAAGGCCAAAUCCUAACUCCACCGUCCAGUCCUGAAUCGGGACAGGGUCAUUCCAACUCGAGUCAUUCGUCGAGCGGGAGCUCGAUGCUCGACGUUCACAAUCUCAAUCUUCACGGGACGGGGGGCAGAAGUGCAAUCGUCAGGGUUACAGCGAGUAACGGCCAGGGUGUCGCCAGGCUGAUCUCAGUAACGACGAACGGCUUUCCGACGGUAACGGGCACGCAACACAGUCACGCGGGUACGCCGACAACGGUCGCGUCGACGAUGGGGAGCAGGCAUCACGCGAGAAGUCACGAGCACAGUCCGCAGGACACAAAACGUAGGAUACACAAGUGUCAGUUUCCAGGUUGCAAAAAAGUCUACACGAAAAGUUCUCACCUGAAGGCCCAUCAGAGAACGCACACGGGCGAGAAACCAUACAAAUGCAGCUGGGAAGGUUGCGAAUGGCGAUUCGCACGUUCGGACGAAUUGACGCGUCAUUAUCGCAAGCACACCGGAGCAAAACCGUUCAAAUGCCGGCACUGCGAUCGGUGCUUUUCGCGCAGCGAUCAUCUCGCUCUCCACAUGAAGAGACACGUCUAAUCGUAAUUUCCAAAAAACACAACACACAGAAGAUAAAUACUUGAAAUAAAUCACCGAAAUGAGUUGGAUAGUUGAAAAUCGAUGGAAAAGCCGAGGAAAGAAGAUGGACGGAUUUGUUUGAUUGAGCUGCUGGGAAAAAUGCUCGACUCGUUAACAACCGAAAUAAAAAGGAAAAAAAUGCAAAACGUCACUCGUCUUUGUCGUCCUGACUAAAACUAGUUUUUCUCUAGUCGCUAACGCGACGAGAGUAGCAUCGGAUGAUCGAGAAUAAACCAAAAAAUCUCACGCAGGACGAACGACGAUAAAAAAAAAUAGCUACGAGAGCCAAAACCAAACGCAUCGAUCUCAGAAGCGACAAUUGCGAAGAGAAAACACACAAAAAUAGGUUUCAGCUCGGCCGAGAUUCUCACGAGCGUUUACACACAUUCGAGAAAAUUAAAACGAAAACCGAAUAAACGAAAAACGUAAAAUCACUGCCAAUUAAUUACGUUGAAAUCUGCGUCUUCGUCUUGGGAUGAGUCCAGUGCGAGAAGAAGCGAGUGGAAAGUAUAGUAAAAAAAAAAUAAAAUUAAAAACGGUAGCGUACGUUUUCACGAGUGAAUCUUAGGAAAGUAGAGAAAAAAAGAUGAAAAAAACGUGAAUAAGAGGAACGCAAAUGAUUGGGAAUUAGAAAAAUUUUGUUGAAAGUUUUGCGAUUUGUUGGAUUAUACGAAUUUACAACGUGCGAUCGUGGGAGCAGAGUGCGUAUUUGUUUGAAAUAAUCGUGACGAGAGUUUUCAAAAUCGAGUUGAAAAGUUGUCCGAUUCACUUUCGUUCUAUUGCUCCAUGGCGUACUUCGUAAAUUUCCGUUAGUUGGGAAAAGAAGAUAGAACAAAAAAACGCGAUUUGAUUAUGAAAAAGAUUUAGUAGGCAAAUUUUUUGGAGUAACGUUGAUUAGGGAUAAUUGUGUUGGUAAAGUCGAUUCGAGAGUUUAAGGCUUUAGAUAUGAAAGUGUUGGUCAGAACGAAAGCAAGCGAGGUAGAGAAAACGAGAAAGAGACGAAAUGGUAAAAGCUGACAAUCCGAAAGGAUUGUCUAAAAAAUAAAAAUUUGAAAGGGACGAAACGCUGCGGGGCCAGUAAACGUAAAUAAAAAAAUGAAAAAAAAAAAAAAAAAAAA